AGGUACCAUACCAUUUUGGUCGAUCGAAGACGGUCGAUCUUCUUUCAAAACAAAAUGGUGUUCAAUGCAUGCUUAUCUUUGACCCUUUUCUUCCUUCUGACUGGCUUGGCCUCAUCAACCUUCAUUUCAUAUGCAAUCUUGGGGUCUCAUGGAUCCACGAGCCGUACCCUUCUUCAGGCCAAAGCAGCUUGCUCUGUAGACUUUGAGAUUCAGAACUACACAAUCAUCACAAGCCAGUGCAAAGGACCCCCAUACUCACCCAAACCUUGCUGCGAGGGCUUCAAACAAUUCGCUUGCCCUUUUACUGACCAGAUCAAUGACGGAAAGAGCAAUUGUGCUUCCACCAUGUUCAGCUAUAUACAUGUUUAUGGGAGGUACCCGCCAGGCCUGUUUGCCAGUCUCUGCAAGGAAGGUAUGGAAGGUCUUAGUUGUAAAGACACCGGGAACGCAUCCACCAAAAAUUCUGACAAGAAGAGUGGUCAUCAUGCUCUGUUAGAUUGUACUCAGUUCCCCGAGAUUUGCGACAUUUAUAGAAACAUGAUACCAGAGGAGUAAUUAUGUUUUCUAUUCUCUAUAUAUAUUUGGUUUUACACUCAAAUUUACAAAUGUGUAUUUGGUUACCAUCGAAAGUAUAAUAAAUAUGGUUAA